AGAGUAGACUAGAGAGGGGGGGAGAGAGAAAACAGGAGUGUGCGUUCAUUAUUAUAGCUUAGCUUAGCUUUGUAUGCAUGCCAGCGAUGAAGUAGAAGAAGCAAGGAUCAAUUGCUUUCUCUCACCUCAGGUCAAAGCUGGCCUGGCACCCCCUUCUAUAAUCCCCUCCACUAUUCUAUUAAUCCCCUUAACCUCUCCACUCCUCACUUCGUUCAAAUCCCCUCUCUCUCUCUUCUCUCUCCCCUCUUCCUUCUACAAGACGAUUCAAACAGAGAGGUACGCAAAAUGAUGAAGCUGUGAGACAGAUACGUACUUUAAUCUUCAUUACCAGAGCUUAAAAGAAGUGAGAUUCAUGUUUGAUUCGUGCGCGGCGACAAUGGCCGGAUCUCCGUCUUUCUCCGGAGCCGAAAAGAAGCACUGGUGGAUUACCAACAGGAAGAUUGUGGACAAAUAUGUGAAGGACGCGAGGGCUCUGAUUGCGACUCGAGAACAGAGCGAGAUUGCUGCCGCUCUCUACCUUCUGGACACUGCGCUGGCCUUUUCUCCUCGAUUCGAAUUGGCCUUGGAAUUGAAGGCUCGGUGCUUGCUUUAUCUCCGCCGGUUCAAGGACGUCGCCGACAUGCUACAGGAUCACAUUCCGAGCGUCAAGAUGGCGGCCGACGAGGCGUCUUCGGUUUCUCCGUCGUCGUCAUCGGGAUCGUCAGAUAACUCGUUUUCGCAGCUUUCGAGGGAGAGGCUGAAGCUUCUCUCCACCGGCUCGGAGGACACUGUUUUCCGGUGCUUCUCUCUGUCCGAUUUGAAGAAGAAGGUCGUGGCCGGGCUCUACAAGAACUGCGAGAGGGGAGGUCAAUGGAGGUAUUUGAUUUUGGGCCAGGCUUGUUGCCAUUUGGGCCUAAUGGAGGACGCCCUUGUCCUAUUACAAACCGGGAAACGCCUCGCCACCGAUGCCUUCCGGCGAGAGAGUGUAUGCCUAUCCGACGACAGCUUUUCAUCCGCCAGAUUCCCACUGUCCAGAGAUCAGCCGCAACAAGACAGUCCAAUGACCGAAUCAGAAAGCAUCUCCCAGCUGCUCAGCCACAUCAAGCUACUUCUCCGCCGCAGGACAGCCGCCAUGGCUGCCCUGAACGCCGGCCUAUUAUCUGAAGCGAUCAGACACUUUUCCAAAAUAGUCGAUGGCCGUCGCGGGGCCCCACAAGGGUUCCUCGCCGAGUGCUACCUCUACCGCGCCUCAGCAUACCGUUCCUCUGGACGAAUGGCGGAGGCCAUUGCGGAUUGUAACCGAACCCUUGCUUUGGACCCAUCUUCCAUUGAUGCCCUAAGCAUCAGGGCAGCUCUCUUUGAAGACAUUCGGUGCGUACCGGACAGCCUCCACGAUCUUGAACACUUAAGGCUCUUAUACAACUCGAUGUUGCGUGAUCGGAGACUGCCCGGCCCGGCCUGGAAGCGCCAGAAUGUACAAUAUAGAGAGAUCCCGGGAAGGCUUUGCUCAUUGGCCAAUAAAAUCCAAGAAUUGAAACAACGGGUCGCCUCUGGCGAGACCGGGAAUGUGGAUCACUACGCGUUAUUCGGGUUAAGAAGAGGUUGUUCAAGAUCUGAAUUGGAGAGGGCACAUUUGCUACUCACUCUAAGACAUAAGCCCGACAAGUCGAGUGGAUUCAUAGAGAGGUGCGAGUACACGGAUGACCGGGAGAUUGAAUCCGUUAGAGAGAGGGCAAAAAUGUCUUCACUGUUAUUGUAUAGGUUGAUCCAAAAGGGUUAUACUAGUUUAAUGGCGGCGAUCAUUGAUGAAGAAGCAGCUGAGAAGCAAAGGAAGAAAACCGCAGCCUCUACCGUUGUUGCAUUGCAAGCAAUGCAACAGCAUCAAGAGGAGGUGGCUCAACAAAAAUCUCACGGACCAUCAUCCACAAUGAAGCCAAUUUGUUGUCCCGACCCAUCGGUGUUUCAAGGUGUGUUCUGUAGAGACCUUGCGAUUGUCGGGAACUUAUUAUCGCAAUCGGGGUUUAACCGUCCACUUCCCAUGAAAUAUGAGGCCUUGAGCUGUUGAUUUAUUUUGAUAUUAAUUUAUUUUUUCUCUGGUGGGAUGAAGUGCGAAGAAUCUCUUUUGGGAGAUGGAGCAAGCUGGAAGGAGUGUGAAAAGGGGGAAGGAGAGGGGGCAGAGAGAGCAUUUGAUGUGUGUUAAUUUUCAAUGUUGUGGAAUCUGAUUCUAGGAACAAAAGACUUGUCUAGUGCAGGAAAUGGGGAAAAAUUGUUCAACUUUAUCAUCCAGAAAAAUUUUUGGUUACCUACUACUGGCAGCUGCGCAGUAGAAUCUUUCUUUCUUUAAUUUUCUUUUUCCUUUUUUUGCUUCCCACUUUGUGUUUGUACAGAUUUAAUUUCAUCCAGAUUUACCAGUUGAAGUAUUUAUAUUUCUUGCUUUUGUCA